UUCGAUCAAAUUGUUUUAAACAUUUUCUUCAUUAUUUUUAACAUAAUUAAACUUUGUAUGGCUUCUUGACGAUUUGUGAUAAAGACAAAUUUAUUUAUAUAAAUUAUCACUAAAUCGUAGUUUCGAUAGUUCCUAUAUUUGUUUUAAUUUUAUUUUAAAUGUUAAUCAAAAAUCCAAAAGACAUUUCAUUUAAAUUGGAUUAAGUUUCUCAUUUUUGGAAAAAAAUAUCUUCUUUUUGAUGUGAUCAAUUUGUCUGCAUAGUUUUGGUGUUUUGUAAUAAAAACAAAAAAAAUUAUUUGAAAUGCGAAUAUUUGGUUGGGGCAAUACCAUUCAUGGCGAAUUAGGACUUGGUGGCAUUGAAGAUGAGUUUGUGUUAACUCCAAGACAAAUGACAUGGAAUCCCGAACAAGAAAUCGUUCAAGUUUCAUGUGGCUCAACGCAUACAUUGUUUGUGACAGCUAGCGGAAAGGUGUACUCUUGCGGGAACAAUGAUAAUGGUCAACUAGGACAUGAGCUGCCGACGAAAAGGCCACGUAUGUCCCUGUUUAAACCUAUAACCGUUCUCGAAAACUAUGAUGUCAAACAAGUUAGCUGUGGAGCUAAUCAUUCUUUAGCUCUCGACGAAUGGGGUCAUAUUUAUUGCUGGGGACUAGAUGAUUAUGGACAAUUAGGAUUUGGUGAUGGUGAAACAAGACAAACAGUUCCGAAAAUUCUCAAGCAUUUAGUAUCAAAGCAUAUAGUUCAAAUAGCAUGUGGACAUAAUCAUUGUUUGGCUCUAUCAAAUAGUGGAGAACUUUAUGCCUGGGGUUCUAACAUUUAUGGUCAAUUAGGGUUCGAUAAUGCUGAUUGCAAGCAUGCAGCUACCCCAAGACAGAUUACUGCAUUAAAAGGAAUACCUAUAAGCUAUAUUGCGUGCGGUGCUAACCACUCGUUUGCACUUUCCAAAUCUGGUGCUGUAUUCGGAUGGGGACGCAAUAAUCGUGGUCAACUUGGUUUGAAUGAUGAGGAUACUCGAAAGCUACCAACACAGCUUCGAACACUGCGUAGCCUUAAAGUUCGCUACAUUGCAUGUGGCGAAGAGUUUUCUGUGUUCUUGACAAAAGACGGUGGAGUGUUUACCUGUGGUGCUGGGACUUAUGGUCAACUGGGUCAUGGAAACAAUUGCAACGAAGCAUUGCCACGUAAAGUUAUGGAACUGAUGGGAAGUACCAUAACUCAAAUUGCUUGUGGUAAUCGACAUACCCUAGCGUUGGUGCCAUCCAGAGGAAGAGUUUAUGGAUUCGGAUUGGGCUGUUCUGGACAAUUGGGAACACGCUCAACUAAUAGUUCUUCAGUGCCUCAAGUUGUGCUUGGUCCAUGGGUUUCACCCAGUGGCUCAGCGUUACUAGCAAAUGAAAUAUCCGAAAUAAAUGCCUUGACAAUAAAACAAAUAUUUUCUGGUGGAGAUCAUGCUCUUGUUACGACCAAAUAUUUUAUGGAUAAAAUACCAGCAGUCGAUUAUCGUGUAUAUAAAUCUGAAACCCAAAUCCUUACGUUUACAAAUGAUUUGGCUAAAGAGUGUUUAAAAGUUGGAAAUGAAGCAUCAAUUGAUAUGGAUUUAUUAAGCUCUAUCGAAUUGAUAUUCAAAAGUCUAGAGUGCCUUAAUGGAUCGUUUCUCUUAGAUGACGAUCAUCAUUAUUGCUGUACAUCGAAACAUCAUGGCAUUGAUCUCGCCAAAGCUACCGAAGCCUUUGAAGAUAUUAGAAAAAUUGAAAACGAAAGUUUAAAACAAAUUAUACUAAAUACAAUAGACAGUGAUUUAAUUAGUUCACUUCUACCAUCACCACCUGAUGUGGAAACACUGAGAAUAUAUUUAACUUUGCCUUUAUAUCAUGAAUUUGACAAUUCCAAAAACUAUACGAUUUUACAUACACAAUUCAGCAAAGCUGUUAUGAAAUUAGAGGCGAUUCCAAGGAAAAUAAUCGGUCAAUGGUGGGCUGAGGCUCCUAUCGACUAUUUCGAGCAUUUAGUCUCAAAUUUUAAAAAUGUUGUGAGCUAUAUCAUCAAUUUUAAACUCUCUCUUAAAACAGGAACACAAAAAAAGGCAAUAUCAUUUGAACCAAAUCUAUUUGGUGCAUUAAAUCUACUUGUGUUUCUGCAUAAAAUUAAUCAUUCUCAAAGAACAGAAAAAGCAUCUUAUGAAAUAUUUCACCUACCUGAUCUAAUGGAUCAUGUUGACAUUCAACAGGAGUACAUUAAUUGGUAUAUGGAUAAAAAUUCACAGUUAUUUAAUAUCUGCAACUAUCCAUUUUUAUUUGAUGCAAUGAUUAAAACGAUUCUUUUGCAAACUGAUCAAGCACUUCAAAUGCAUACUGCAAUGCAAAAUGCUGUUGCCACAGGUAUUUUUGCAAUGUUUAAUAUGGCACCACCGACUUCACAAUUUAUUGUACUAAAUGUUACUCGUGAAAAUUUAGUUCAAGAUACACUGCGAGAAAUAAUGCAGUAUAGUCAAGCAGAUUUAAAAAAGCCACUUAAGGUUAAAUUCAAAGACGAAGAAGCCGAAGAUGCAGGUGGCGUUCGCAAAGAAUUCUUUAUGCUUUUACUAAAAGACAUUAUCGAUCCAAAAUAUGGAAUGUUCAAAGAAUUCGAAGACUCUCGUGCAGUCUGGUUUUCAGAUGUUUCCUUCGAAACGGAUGACAUGUAUUUCCUCAUUGGAAUAAUAUGCGGCUUAGCGAUAUAUAAUUUUACAAUCAUAAACUUGCCAUUCCCAUUGGCACUUUAUAAAAAGCUACUCAAUGAACCAGUAGAUCUUGGUGAUUUGCGUGAUCUAUCACCAACUUUAGCUAAUUCCAUGCAAAGCAUUUUAGACUAUCCGGAAGAUGAUUUAGAGCAAGUCUUCGAUUUGACUUUUGAAAUUACAAGAGAAAUAUUUGGUGAAUCAAAAGUUGAACAACUUAAACCGGGUGGUGAUAAAAUUUUUGUAAAUCAACAAAACAAAAAAGAAUUUGUCGAUCUCUAUGUAGAUUUCAUCUUCAACAAAUCGGUUCAAACUAAAUUCACGGAAUUUCAGAAAGGUUUUAUGAAGGUUUGUUGGGGUAGAGUUUUACAAAUUUUCAAACCACACGAACUUAUGGCUGUAGUUGUGGGAAAUGAAGACUAUGAUUGGCACGCAUUAGAAGCGAAUACAGUUUACAAAGGCGACUACACCUCAGGAGAUGAAACAAUUCGAUGGUUCUGGGAAGUCCUUCAUGAUCUCCCAAUUGAGGAAAAGAAAAAGUUUUUGUUGUUUUUAACAGGAAGUGAUCGUAUACCUAUUGGUGGCAUGAGCAAGAUACAAAUUAUAAUUCAACCAACCAACGAUGAUAAAUUCCUGCCAGUGGCUCAUACGUGCUUUAAUCUAUUGGAUUUGCCACGCUACAAAACAAAAGAACGUUUAAGAUAUAAAUUGCUACAAGCAAUACAACAAACUCAGGGAUUUAGUAUAGUUUAAAAAGAUAUUUUGUUAUAAAUGAUCUUGUUGCGGAUGUUUCGUUUUUCUUUUUAUAUAGAUAUAAAUCUGUUAGUAUGAACAAAUUGGCCUUAGAAGGAUUUCUUGAUUUUUUGUUUUAUUUUAUGCUAUGAGAGUAAAAAACAAAACUAUUUACGAUA